AUGCUUUUCAGCACCUCAACACUCGCCGCCUUACUGGCAUUCACCCCCCUAAUCUCCGCCCACGCAACCAUGUUCGGCGUUUUCGUCAACGGCCAAGACCAAGGCGACGGCCGCAACAAGUACAUCCGCUCCCCCAAAACCAACGACCCCGUCCGCGAUCUCCAAUCCCCCGACAUCGUUUGCAACACCAACGGCGGCACCCCAGCACCGGACUUCGUCUCCGCCCCAGCAGGAGCCACCCUCUCCUUCCGCUGGUUCCACUUCCGCCCCGAAGACCCAACAGACAUCCUCGACCCUUCCCACAAGGGCGCCAUCAUCACUUACAUCGCCCCCUUCACCGAAGGCAACGGUGCUCAGCCCAUCUGGUCAAAGAUUGCGGAGGAGGGCUUUGAGAAUGGCGAGUGGGCCACCAUCAAGAUGAUUGCCAACAAGGGGCGCGCGGACUUCAAGCUGCCUGCUAGUUUGGCGGCGGGGAAGUAUCUCAUUCGGCAGGAGCUGCUGGCGCUGCAUAUGGCGGAUAUCAACUUCAAGGUUGACAACACGAGGGGGCCAGAGAGCUACCCUAGCUGUGUUCAGGUCGAGGUUACGGGCGGGGGGGAGGCGGUGCCUGACCAGGAUUUUGACUUUAAUAGGGGGUAUACGUAUGAUGAUCCGGGGUUGUUUUUUAACAUUUAUGUGCCGUUUGACAAGUACACGCCGCCUGGGCCGCCGGUGUUUCAGGGGUGA